CAGGGGCCGGAUAUAAAUUGCUUCAAGCUGCUUUAAUCCGCAGCAGAAGAAGAAGACCCAGACCCACAUCAGACUCAGACCUACAUCAGACCCAGACUCGCAUCAGAUCCAGACCCACAUCCGACAGUAUCAGCGCAGACUGAACCGACAGGUCCAAGGCCCAGACGUCAUCAUGCCGUUUGGAAACACCCACAACCAGCUGAAGAUGAACUAUUCUGCGGAGCAGGAGUUCCCCGACCUCAGUCAGCACAACAACCACAUGGCGAAGGUGCUCACACCUGAAAUCUACGCCAACCUGAGGGACAAGGAGACGCCCAGCGGGUUCACCCUGGACGAUGUCAUCCAGACUGGUGUCGACAACCCAGGUCACCCAUUCAUCAUGACGGUCGGCUGCGUCGCUGGAGACGAGGAGACGUAUGAGGUGUUCAAAGACCUGUUGGACCCGGUGAUUGAAGACCGCCAUGGAGGAUACAAGCCAUCAGACAAACACAAGACGGACCUGGACUUUGAAAACCUGCAGGGUGGAGAUGAUCUUGAUCCAAACUAUGUCCUGAGCUCUCGGGUCCGGACUGGACGGAGUAUUCGUAACUUCUGUCUGCCGCCACACUGCAGCCGCGGAGAGCGACGCGCCAUCGAAGACCUGUCCAUCGAAAGUCUGGACGCCCUGGACGAGGACCUGAAGGGGAAGUACUACGCCCUGAAGAACAUGACCGAGGAGGAGCAGCAGCAGCUGAUCGACGACCACUUCCUGUUCGAUAAGCCCGUCUCCCCGCUGCUGCUGGCGUCCGGUAUGGCCCGUGACUGGCCCGACGGCCGCGGCAUCUGGCACAACGACAACAAGACCUUCCUGGUCUGGGUGAACGAGGAGGAUCACCUGCGAGUCAUCAGCAUGCAGCAGGGAGGGAACAUGAGGGAGGUGUUCACACGCUUCUGUACCGGACUCACCAAGAUCGAGGCUUUGUUUAAGGAGCGAGGUCACGAGUUCAUGUGGAACGAACACCUGGGCUAUGUCCUCACCUGUCCGUCGAACCUGGGGACGGGACUCAGGGCCGGGGUCCACGUCAAACUGCCCAACCUCAGUAAGGACGACAGGUUCGGAGACAUCCUGAAGAGACUGAGGCUCCAGAAGAGAGGGACAGGUGGCGUGGACACGGCGGCGGUGGGCGGAGUCUUUGACAUCUCCAACGCCGACCGUCUGGGCUUCUCGGAGGUGGAGCUGGUCCAGAUGGUGGUGGACGGAGUCAACCUGCUGGUGGACAUGGAGAAACGUCUGGAGGCCGGAGACGCCAUCGACGACAUCAUCCCCGAGCAGAAGUGACAUGUCACUGUGACCUCCUCACCCCCACCCCCCUCCUCACUGUAACCAAUCAGCGAGCGUCCUGCAGGACGUGUAGCUGCUCACGUAGACCUCCGUCUUCCAACAUGUAAAGGAUUUUCUAUUUGUCUCCACCUGUUGGACUCUAACACCUGAAUAUAUAAUAAAGUGUGUGUCCCUGAACUCAA